AUGCAACUGAUUGCAUACUGCCUUGCCCUGCUGAGCAGUAUUUCUGUGGCAUUGGCUCUAUCAGCCACAGGAAGCCGGGUUCUUGCCGUCGUGGGAGAGGAUCCUGAUGCAUACUCUUCGUUCUUAGGGUCACUUAAGGAGCGGGGAUACACGACAACGAGCUUGACUCCAGAGAAGGUGUCGGAGACCACGCUGUACAAGUUCGGAGAACGAAUGUUCGACCAUGCAGUGAUUCUCGCGCCAAACAUGAAACAAUUUCCCAAAGGACUGGAGCCGUCAACGUUGAUCGAUUUCCUUCGCGAUGGGGGAAACCUCAUGGUAGGAUUAUCGCCGAAGCUCACUGAAUCUUGGCGUGGGUUUGCCCGCGAAUUUGGACUUGAGUUCGGCGAUCGUGAUACCAUGCUGGUCGACCAUUUUGGAUAUGAUGCGCAGAUGGACCGCGGUGACCACACGGCCGUGCAGGUUGGUGGUUCAAGGUCCAGUGCCCCGCUGGACGCUGGCGGGAUUGUGCCAAACGAGCUUGUGUUUUCUAAAGAUACGCUUUCAUCCCAAGAAUCCUUUUUGUAUCGCGGAAUUGCGCACUGGAUCGGCCCGUCACCGUUGGCAUUUCCUUUACUCUUGCCUCCAGCUACAUCCUAUCAGACAGAUGUGCCCAUGAUCACGACUUCGGAAGUCGAAGGCGGUUGGGCAGCAAAGGGUAUCAACAAGCUUGAGCCACUCAAUGCGGUGGAAAAUUUACUUACAGGUGCUGAUGCUCAUUCUUCCGAUACCAAAGCUUCGCUUGCGUCGGCCAUACAACUGCGUGAUAAUUCUGCGCGCGUCAUGUUUGUGGGGAGCGUAGAGAUCAUGCAAAAUGAAAUUUAUGCAAUGGAAGACCGCCCAAUUCAACGAGCAGUAGUUGACGACUUGAUUUUGUGGACUUUCCAGGAGCAUGGUGUGCUUCGCGUGGUUCGCAGGGCACACGAACGACUUCGUGCAGGACCAGAGGAUCUACGACCAGACUAUGAAGAAGAACCUGGAGUAAAUAAGAUGUACCGCAUCAAAGACACCGUGAAUUAUGUGCUUGAGGUACAGCAAUUCGAAAAUGGAGCUUGGAGGGCCGUGUCGCAGCCCCUGGAUUUGCAACUGAGUGCUAUCAUGCUUGAUCCCUACGUGACUGUGCCCCUACUGCCAGAAGCAGGCUCGAAUAGCACUGUUUACCGUGCUAUACUAGGCCUUCCCGACAGACACGGUGUAUUCACUCUACGAGUUAACUGGAAGCGACAUGGCUACACAUACAUAAGGGCAGAUGACGUGAUACCUGUGCGUCCUUUCAACCACAACGAGUAUCCGCGAAUGCUUAGCAGUUCAUGGCCUUACGUGGCAGGCGCAUUAUCCACUAUGCUAGGCUUUUCAACUUUUGUUGCAUUGUGGCUCAUCAUGCCAUUGAGCAAACUAAGUAGUAAAAUGUUGUAG